AACGGGCUGCUGCCUCCGAGCUGCUUCAAUGGCGAGGUGGCAGCGAGGGCUCCAAAGGCGAUGUUCACAGGAGGCAUGAGAGAAGCCAGCCAAGAUGUGAUCGAACUGAAAGGUGUCUCUGCAAAAGGCCUGAAGCACAUUAUAGACUUUGCCUACAGCGCUGAGGUGACUCUCGAUCUUGACUGCAUUCAGGAUGUGCUGGGAGCCGCCGUCUUCCUGCAGAUGGUGCCUGUCGUGGAGCUCUGUGAGGAGUUCCUCAAGUCUGCCAUGAGCGUGGAGACGUGCCUCAACAUCGGGCAGAUGGCCACCACCUUCAGCCUCGCCUCCUUGAAGGAGUCGGUGGAUGCGUUCACCUUCAGGCACUUCCUGCAGAUCUCCGAGGAGGAGGAUUUCCUCCACCUGCCCCUCGAGCGCCUCGUUUUCUUCCUGCAGAGCAAUAAGCUCAAAAGCUGCAGCGAAAUCGAUCUGUUCCGCGCUGCCGUGCGCUGGCUGCAGUACGAGCCGGGCCGCCGCGCCAGCGCCAGCCAGGUGCUCUGCCACAUCCGCUUCCCGCUCAUGAAGUCCUCRGAGCUGGUGGACAGCGUGCAGACCUUGGACAUCAUGGUGGAAGACGUCUUGUGCCGGCAGUACCUGCUGGAGGCCUUCAACUACCAGAUCCUGCCCUUCCGCCAGCACGAGAUGCAGUCGCCUCGCACGGCCAUCCGCUCGGACGUGCUGUCCCUCGUCACCUUUGGGGGCACCCCCUACACRGACAAUGACCGCACCGUGAGCUGCAAGGUGUAUUACCUGCCCGACGCCRGUGGGCGCCAGUUCAAGGAGCUCACGGAGAUGGAGGUGGGCAGCAGCCACUCGUGCGUGGCCGUGCUCGACAACUUCGUCUACAUCGUGGGAGGGCAGCACCUGCAGUACCGGAGCGGCGAGGGCGCCGUCGACAUCUGCUACCGCUACGACCCGCACUUGAACCAGUGGCUGCGCAUCCAGGCCAUGCAGGAGAGCAGGAUUCAGUUCCAGCUGAACGUCCUGCGCGGGAUGGUCUACGCCACCGGCGGCAGGAACCGCUCCGGCAGCUUGGCCUCCGUGGAGAAGUACUGCCCCAAGAGCAACGAGUGGACUUACGUGUGCUCCCUGAAGCGCAGGACGUGGGGACACGCCGGAGCCACGGUGGGAGACAAGCUCUACAUAUCAGGAGGCUACGGGAUAUCCGUGGAGGACAAGAAAGCCCUGCACUGCUAUGACCCUGCAGCGGAUCAGUGGGAGUUUAAGACCCCGAUGAACGAGCCCAGGGUCCUGCACGCCAUGGUCAGCGCCAACGGCAGGAUUUACGCUCUAGGAGGCCGCAUGGACCAYGUGGACCGGUGUUUUGACGUCCUGGCCGUGGAGUACUACGUGCCUGAAACGGACCAGUGGACAACCGUGAGCCCCAUGCGCGCAGGGCAGUCGGAAGCCGGCUGUUGCUUGCUGGAGAAAAAGAUUUAUAUUGUAGGAGGCUACAACUGGCACCUGAACAAUGUCACGAGCAUUGUGCAGGUCUAUAACACGGAGACUGACGAAUGGGAAAGGGACCUGCAUUUCCCCGAGUCUUUUGCUGGCAUAGCCUGCGCUCCCGUCAUCCUGCCGCAGGUGACAACGCAGAGGUAGUCGCGGGUGYCCGUGCAGGGACGCGGGCUCCCCUCCUCUGUGCAAAUGGUGGGGUGCAUCUUGUGGGGGCG